AUGAGAGUCAAACGCUUUUCGGCGAGGAUUCCAUUUCGUUUCCCUGAGUACCUCUAUUUCUUGAUGCGCUUUCUGGCCUGGUCAAUUCCUCUGAGGAAUAGCAUCUAUUUUAGUUCUGUUUCGAAACCCUAUUUGAAUUGGAUUCACUCGUCCUUUGUGCGUGUCCUAUCAUUUUCUUUAGUGGUAGCUAUUGAGUGUGGUGUUGGUAUCUUUACCAAGACUGCUGCGGAGUAUGAGAGACGAAGAGAAAACUUCACUAAGGAGCUCGAUUUUGUCUUUGCUGAUGUGGUAAUGGCCAUUAUUGCAGACUUCAUGCUUGUCUGGUUACCUGCCCCAACGGUCUCUCUUCGGCCUCCUCUUGCAAUAACUGCUGGAGGUCUCAAUAAGUUCUUCUAUGGCUGCCCUGAUAAUGCUUUUCAGGUGGCCUUGGCAGGUACAUCCUAUUCAUUCCUACAAAGGAUAGGAGCUAUUGUGAGGAAUGGAGCAAAGCUAUUUGUAGUUGGAACCAGUGCUUCUUUGGUGGGCACAGGGGUAACAAAUGCUUUACUGGCCGCACGGAAGGCAAUCGAUAAAUCUUUUGCAGGCGAAGCAGAAGACGUACCCAUUAUUCCCACAAGCGUUGCAUACGGUGUCUACAUGGCGGUAUCAAGCAAUCUAAGGUACCAAAUACUUGCUGGAGUUAUUGAACAGCGAAUUUUAGAGCCUUUGCUACACGAACAGAAACUCAUACUCAGUGCACUCUGCUUUGCCGUGCGUACGGGGAAUACCUUCUUGGGAUCACUACUGUGGGUGGAUUACGCCCGAUGGGUAGGAGUCCAAAAGAUCCGUGAUUAG